UUUUGGACCUCCAGCUUGCCGUACAAAAACAAUAAUGGCGUCUUCUGCGGAUGUUCAUGUCCGAAUUUGCGGACAAGAAAUUAUAAAAUAUGAUCUUGAAAUUAAGGCUCUCGUUCAGGACAUCAGAGAUUGUCCUGGACCUCAAUCUGCUCUCUGGGAGCUCAACUCUCAGGUCAAACAGAAGUUCAACAAGCUGAGGCUCAGAAUACAGGAUCUGGAGCAGAUGGCUAAAGAACAAGACAGAGAGUCAGACAGACUGGCCAUCCAGGCAGAGACUGAGAGCCAGCGACGGCAAAUGCUGAGUAACCAGACAGCGUGGAGGAAAGCUAAUCUUGCUUGUAAACUUGCCAUCGACAACAUGGAGAAGGACGAGCUGCUGCAUGGCGGAGAAAACCAAAGCAUCAGGCAGAGGAAGGCGACUAAAGAAAGCCUAGUAGAAACCAACAGCAACAUCACAGAGAGUCUGAUGUCUAUCAGCCGGAUGAUGGCCGAACAGGUGAAGCAGAGUGAGGACACCAUCGGCACGCUGGCCACCUCCUCCAGGACGGUGCUGGAAACCAACGAGGAGUUUAAAAACAUGACUGGAACCAUCCACCUGGGCAGGAAGCUAAUCCUCAAGUACAACCGGCGGGAGCUGACGGACAAGCUGCUCAUCUUCCUGGCUCUGGCCCUCUUCCUCGCUACUGUCCUUUACAUCCUCAAGAAACGCCUCUUUCCCUUCAUUUAGCCGAGCAGCUAAACACGGCGGAUCACUGCAUUUUCUCCAAGAGGCAAGAACUGACUUAGAAGAAGUUUUCACAUGGAGGAGAAGCAGGGUCCACAUGGGGCGUUAUAGAGAAGGAACUGGGGCACAUAGAGGUGAAAACCUUUCCUGUACGUACAGUAAUGCAAUAUGUGGGUUUGUAGAAUCAUUUGGGAACUCAAAGAGAAUCCUUCAGCUGAUGUGCACAGAGCACAGUGACUAAAACUGAUAUCAGAGGUUUCAAGUAAAAGGUUUAAAGCCUCAGCAUGCUUCAAGCAAACAUUGUGUGUCGCUAAAAGCUGCUGUCAGCACCUCUUUGUGGAGGCUAACUGCUCAGAAGUCUGUUGCUUUCGAAUGACAGUGCUGUCUUGAUGGCAGCAUUUGUAGUAAUUCGGAUGGAAGUUCACACUGUCAGACAGACAUGAAGGAAGUAGGAGUCGAGAUCUUUGAGAGAAGCUCAGAUGUGGCUCGUCGCAGUUGAAUUAUUGGUUCAGGAAAACGCUUUGAAUCAUUCUGAGGCUUUUGUACUUCAGAACUAACCAGCAUCAAGGACACCGUGUGCAAUAACUUCCAUCAUGUUUACUUCUUGUCAGGUUAAUAUGCGUUUGGGUGUGAGUUGAAAAGAGAAGCUAUGCAUGUAUUUCUGCUCUAGGUGGCUUUUCCAAAGACAUUGUUGUUCCAGUUAUUGAUGAGUUUACCUUGUGCCUUUCUUCAGUCCAGUCAGGCUGCAUCUGCAUGAAUAUGUUUUCAUUUUAAAAUGCAGAACUUCUGCUGUACUUUGUCUUGUUUUCACACUACCAUGGUAUUUUAGGAAAUACUGCUGAUCUAGUUUUAGUCUGGACCGGCAGAAACAGAGACUUUAGGAAACAAAAGCACUCGACGUUUCUUUCUGACUGGGUCUUACGGUCAGGCUUGUCAGACGGCAGCUUUGUCUGCCGGUUGUUAAAUCAACACAAAUAGUGAAUCAGGCUGCAGGCGUGUGUGACUUUGUCGAUGCAAGCAGCUGUUGUACCGUUAACAAAAUCUGUGGACUUUGCUUUCACCACUGAUGUUCUUUGUCUUGUUUACAAUGAAACAAUACACUGCUUCGUAAAUGUUCAGGGAUUAUGUGCUUUUAGGCAUGUUAAUAUGCGCAAAGUUCCUUUCUGUUACUUUAGAAUGAGAACGUAUCGGUGCAGAUGUAGCCUCAGACAUCCAGACUACUGAGUCAGACUGUGAAUGCUGAACACAAAGUCUGUUUGAUUGAAACUGAAUGUUUCAAAAAUACUGAGGGAUCUGUUGUGCCGACGUGCCAGUAGAUGUCAAAGUACCCAACAUAUCACCAUGUGAGAUGCAACACUGUGAAUUUGUGAAGAACUCUUCAACUGGACAGAACUGACUUAAUAAACAAACAUCUCCAGCAA